CCACCACAUCUUCCCCACCUUCCACACCCCGAUCCCGAUUGACAUGCGCCAUCACGAGGGACGCUACCACUACGAGCCCCACGCGCUGCACGCCAUGCACGGCUCUGCAGGUUUUGCCGGCAGCCCGGUCCUCUCCGACAUCUCCCUGAUUCGCCUUUCACCCGCCGCCAUGGCUACCGGCGACUCCCCCUUCAGCCCCCCCCACCCGUACGUCCACCACCCCCACAUGGAGCACUACCUGCGCUCCGUGCACGGCAGCCCGACCCUCUCCAUGAUCUCUGCAGCCAGAGGACUCAGCCCGGCCGACUUGGCCCAUGAGCACCUAAAAGAGCGCGGGCUGUUUGGACUGCCCCCCCCUCCCCCCGGGGCGACCCCUGCAGACUACUACCACCUCAUGGCCAGCCACCGGAGCCCCUACGGAGACCUGCUCAUGCAGGGGGCCGGGGCGGGGGCCGGGGCCGGGGCCCACCUGUCCGACUACAUCGCCCCCAUCGACGUGUCGCGGUUCUCCAGCCCCAGACUGACGCCCCGGCUGAGCAGGAAGAGGGCUCUGUCCAUCUCGCCGCUGUCGGACGCCAGCAUCGACCUCCAGACCAUGAUCCGCACCUCGCCCAACUCGCUGGUGGCCUACAUCAACAACUCGCGCUCCAGCUCGGCCGCCAGCAGCUCCUACGGACACCUGUCGGUGGGCGGACUCAGCCCCUCCUUCCCGUUCCCCCACCCCAUCAACCCCAUGGCCUACCAUCAGCUCCUGUCGCAGCAGCGGGUGGGGCUCAGCGCCUUCGGACACACUCCACCCCUCAUCCAGCCUCCGCCCUCCUACUCCAGCCGCCAGCCGGGCCUCGGCCUCUCCUCCCUGGCCGCCUCCGCCCGCAACAGCGACCUGCCGUCAAAGAACCACGGCGGCGACUCGGCCGUCAGCAGCACGGUGGACCCCAUGAUCACCAAAAGGUCAAAGGUCAAGACUGAAGCAGAGGGAUUGAGGCCGAUGACUCCUUGCUCACCGAACCAUCACGGCAGCUUUUUGGACUCGAAGGAUGACAUGGAUCGGGACGAUUGUAAGCAGGAGCCCGAGGCCGUCUACGAAACCAACUGCCACUGGGAGGGCUGCAGCAAGGAGUACGACACCCAGGACCAGCUAGUCCACCACAUCAAUAAUGACCACAUCCACGGAGAGAAGAAGGAGUUUGUGUGCCGCUGGGAGGACUGUUCUCGGGAGCAGAAGCCCUUCAAAGCCCAGUACAUGCUGGUGGUUCACAUGCGCCGACACACGGGGGAGAAACCACACAAGUGCACGUUCGAGGGCUGCUCCAAGGCCUACUCCCGUCUGGAAAACCUCAAAACCCACCUGCGCUCGCACACGGGAGAGAAACCCUACGUCUGCGAGCACGAAGGCUGCAACAAAGCCUUCUCCAACGCCUCGGACCGAGCCAAGCACCAGAACCGGACGCACUCCAACGAGAAACCCUACGUAUGUAAGAUCCCGGGUUGUACCAAACGCUACACGGACCCCAGCUCUCUCAGGAAGCACGUGAAGACGGUCCACGGCCCAGAGGCCCACGUCACCAAGAAGCAGCGCAGCGACCUCCCGCCGAGGCCGCCCAGGGAGAACGGCGAGAACGAGACCGGUACCGCAGACAGAACCCAGAAAGACGACAAGAUUUCUGACAACAGCUCCCCCAGAGGUGUGGAGGACUACCUGCACGUCAAAUCCAUCAAGACGGAAAACUCUGUGAUGUAUCAGUCCAGCCCUGGUGGUCAGUCAUCAUGUAGCAGCGAACCAUCACCACUUGGCAGUGCCACCAACAAUGACAGUGGAGUAGAAAUGGCGGCGCACAGCGGGGAAAGCCUGGGGGACCUCAGCACCUUGGACGACCUGCCCUUUAUGGAGUCCUCGGGCUGUGAAGAUUCGACCGGCGGGGUCGCGGUGGUGGGUCUCCACUUCCGAAAGCAGUUUGGCACCAGCCGGCGCAUGGAGUAUUUAAAGAAGGAGAAGCUGAAGACAGUGAGGGACUCGUGUCGAUGGACCAGCAACCCAACGUCCCUGGUCCUUGGCACCAAGCUCCCACCCAUACCAGCAGGCGGGUCCUUCCUGGAGAGUCCAAGUAUGGGUGGUGGUCUGGUGUCCUUCCCUGGUUCCGGCUUUGGUGAUCUGAGCUCUGGUAAAACGACUCUGCUGGAAAACCUUUCAGAACGCCGUGACAGCACCUCCAGCACCCUGAGCUCAGUUUACACCCUCAGCCGCCGCUCCUCCGGCAUCUCCCCUUGCUACUCUAGCCGGCGCUCAAGCCAGGCCUCGCAGUUUGGUGCCAACCGCCCCAGCAACCUUAGCUCGGCCGACUCCUACGACCCCAUCUCCGCUGACAUGUCCCGGCGCUCCAGUCAGGCCAGCCAGUGUGGGGGAGGCAGCGGCGGAGCAGGAGUGUAUGGAGGGGGCAUACCCAGCCCUCUCAGCCUGACCCCAGCGCAGCACUACCACCUCAAGGCGAAAUACGCUGCCGCCACUGGAGGAGCACCGCCUACGCCUCUUCCAUACAUGGACAGAAUGGGUCUGAAGGCACACACAGCACAGUAUGGGGACUCUUCCACCACCAACAAAGGCCUGCCUUCCAGGCAGUACAACAGCUACACCACACGGAGCCUGAUGCCCCAUGAGGUCCCAUCUAACAUCCCCCGCCGAGCAAGUGACCCCGUGAGACGCGUAGCUAUAGAUUAUUUCAGCCAGCCACAAAUGCAGCGCUACAACAGCAUGGGCGCACUGACUGCAGAGCAGCCCCAUCAGCUUCCUGCAAGACAUAGCCGACUUUCAUCCCAGCAAGGUUGCCUACAACCGGAUGGUAGUCCGUACCUCUACCCUUACGGCCUGCGACCACCCAGCAUUUCCGAGAACGCCAGGAUGGGGAUAAUACCUAGUGACAUCCCUGAAGAAGACCUGAUGCUGCCUGACCUCAGUGACCCAAUCAACAGAGUGUCACAAAAUCAACAAGAUUCCCAAGGAGACCCCAAUCUCCAGCAGCAGUUGUACUAUCAGAGAAGGACGGCCGCUGUGAAUGCCAACAUGAAUCAGGUUUUGUCCACUUCCAACAUGAGUCCAGGGCAGCAACGUCAGAUGUGUCCAUCUUCACCGAGGGACAGUAAGGCCAACUUACUCACUCAGUGGAACAAAGUCUCUUUGGGACACAUGGAUGCCAGCCAGCUGUCCUCCAAGGUCCAGGUUCGAGGGAACCUGGCUGUCCUCCAACAAAACCAGAACUUUGGCUCUUUUCACAGCAAUCUCAGCUCCAACCAGCAGACGGUUAAAAACCUUGUUAACACAAUGCAGCAAGGAUGCAAACAUCUGAAUACUGAACCAGGAGCAAACUGCUUUCAGCAACAAAGAUUACAGCAUUCGUCAAAUCUCAAUGAAGCACUUAGCUCUCAGUGCAGGUUCAACAAAGGCUUAAGUCCUUGUUAUAAGAACAGUAACACCACUUAUCUACCAUGUAACAACACAACAGCAGUCAGUGGGAGCAUGCUAAUCCCCACAUGCAAACAGGAGCCAGUUGACAUGGACACUGUGGAAAUGCACUUUGCUGAUGCUGGAUUUCAGCCUGUGCAAGUUAAAAUCGAGGACUGUGGUAAAUCAAUAAUGAUGUCAGAUCAGCAGAAAUGUCACAUGACCCCCCAAAAUUCCUUGCAAACUGUGAAUCAGAGCCAUUUCCAGCCAAUGCCACCAACAGAGCCUAAAUCAAGGCACCCAAGUAUUGCUAACGUGGACAUUGCUUCUUCCUCGUUACCCACUGGUGGAGUUUUAGGACUUCAUUGCAGCAACAACUCAUAUGACAAUGCCUUGUACUACACAGGGCAGAUUCAAGUAUUUUGUGUUUCUCCUGCGGUGAAUGUACCUCCUUCUGAAAACAAUGCAGUGUCUCCCAGUCCAGGCGACACACAAGCAUCUAGGACUGUGAACUGUAAUGCAGCACUGGAGCAGGCGCAGAUAGACUUUGAUAGCAUGCUGGACGAUGGGGAUCACUCCAGCCUCAUGUCGGGAACCCUGAGUCCAGGUCUGCUCCAGAGCUUGUCCCGGAGCUCCUCUCGCCUGACAACGCCAAGGAACUCAGUGACAAUCCCCACGGUGCCGGCGGGGACGGGCAACAUGGCCAUCGGAGACAUGAGCUCGUUGCUGACUGCUCUGGCAGAAGAAAGCAAGUUCCUCACCUCGAUGUCAUGACAAACGAUUUCCCCUCGGCUGAACUUUUGAACUCCUGAUGCACAAUAGACAUUCAAAACUUAAAAUUGAUGUAAUUGUGUGCCAAAAAGCCUCUGCGGUGUGUGUGACGCUUGUUUUCUUGUACAGUCUCAAUUGUAAUUUUAAAAAAAUGGUAAUUUUCUAUCUUUUUGAAAAGCCAUAUCUCUGUUUUUUUGCUGCCAUAGGUGGUAAAUAUGAUGUAAACAACAGAAAUCUUUCAGUUGUUGUACAGGUCUGCAGUAAGAUCAGUUUACUAAGUGCCUGGCUCAGCCAAAACAUAUGCAUCUUCUGCAUAGGAUUACAUUUAAAAUGUGUAAAAAUGCAACCAGGUAAUUCAUCCGAUACCUGCAUACUUGGAAUGUACCAUCACCAACAACUGGUUUAACACUGUAAAUUACUCAAGCUGAACUAUAUUCUACAAGUUGCUCGUUUCAGCUCGACAAGCUUAAGUUUC